ACAGCACCGGGGUGAACUGGCCCUUUAAGACGGAUAAAGACGACAGCUCCGCACGAGCCGCCGAGCGUAUCGAUGCCGCGCGCUUGCAUUUCAUCAGUAACGUUCAUUUACACUGAUGCCGAGCGGAGAAUUCAACACGAUUUUAGUGUGUAAAGGUUCAUUUAAAUGAGGUAAAUUGAACGUUUUUACAUGGCGGGAGGAGAAAUGUGACGCCGUGCUCAGCCGGUCUGCUCUCUGGUGCGUAAUUGAUUCGAGCGGAGAAUCCUGAGCUGCAGCACUAAUUUUGGCACAGUCAGAAACCUCCAUCCUCUUCUCAGGGAGGGGGAGACUGCUGCUUUUGAACUUCCUACCUUUGUUGCUGCAGGACAUCCUGAUCACACCAACCAAGCAGUGCCCCUUCAUCUCACCCCAGAGAGCUUCUCUUAGAAAAUAAAUAAUUAUGGAGGACAAACGCAAGAAGCGGAGCCCAAAGGUGUCUCUCCCGCAGCCCCCUCCUCCCCCCAUCAACCCCCGCAAACUCUCCGUCUUGCCUGCCAGCAAAAGUGCCACCUUCUCUCUCGGCCUGCCGCAGCCCCCCUCCCCCAAGAACAGAGGCAAGUACAAGAGGUCGAUAGGAGCGCCGGGGCAGCCCAAAGAGGUGUUCACAGCUGUCGUAGCGCCACCAAAAACCACCAGGCCCCACAAGGAGAAGCCCAGGGCCCCCCAGCCUGCAGGGCCCAGUAAAGUCGUCCAGUCUUCCCCCCUGCAGCACUCCUUUCUCACAGAUGUCUCAGACGUGAGAGAGAUGGAAGGAGGCCUCCUCAACCUCCUCAAUGACUUCCACUCAGGCAAACUACAGGCUUUCGGUAAGGUGUGCUCCUUUGAGCAGCUGGAACAUGUGCGUGAGAUGCAGGAGAAGUUGGCCCGACUGCAUUUCAGUUUGGACAGCCACGUGGAGGAGCUUUCAGAGGACCAGAAGAAGUGUGCCUCCGACCACAACCUGGAGCACCUGCUCUGUAACCUGGAGGAGCUCAGCACCUCAAUACAAAAGCUCCAUUUGGCUGAGAACCAGGACCUGCCCAAGACAUCUGGCCCCUGACAAAGUGAGGCGCGGAGGACGGCGACCACACACUCAUCUUCUCCCAACAUCUUACCAGUCCAGGUUGCCAUGGCAUUGAUCCAGCUGCCUUAGAAACUGAAUGGAAAGAUCCACAGGAGGAGGAGGAGGAGGAGCUGUUUUUCCAUUUGGUUGGUGAAGCCGAGGGAACAGUAUAGCGACUCAAAACAGCAGAGCAUUUAGUGAACACUCAACCAAAACCAUAAACCCCUCAUUCAUGGCACAAGAAACAAUCAGAGGGUUAUCGAACUGUUGUUUUAGAUGAAAUAUGUUGUUUCUAAGGUUUCAGCAUGUUCUUGGCAUCAGUUAACGAUUACAUCAUUUGGAAACCAACAGUUGAAUCCAGGUGUUUGUGAUCCAACUCUCAUCACAGAAAGCACAUUUCCUGACAGCUAAGGAAGCUGUAGUAUGUCUCGUCUUUUGCGUCAUUUCAAAAGGUGUGUCUCUGUUAGCAAAGGUGAGAAAGUUUAGCCAUACUUACGUAGCAAACUCAUUUGACCCUUGUUGACAACACCACUGUGGUUAGCUCAGAACUUUGAAGGGAGUUUUCACUUUUGCUAUUAUUCUGAAGAUGCUCCGUCAUUUUUAUAGCUUUGCUUUUAAAGUUUAAUACUGGGAAACGGACUGGAUUUCAUAAAAGCAGGGCGAAUUUGAUAUAACUGCAUUUAAAGGGACUGCGUGAAAAGACACAAAAUGUAUGUUUAAUGUAAAACGGUUUAUAUAUUUUGCCAAUGUGCAGUCCAGCUACUGUAUUUGUUGACACUGGUGGGUUAAAAUGACUUUGAGUCAGAGGAUUUUUGUCAGGUUUGCCUUUCGGCUCAGUAGCAGCAUCCCUCCAAGCACGAGCUCGUCCACCCUGCUGCUGAAACGCUGUUAAACCACCUACUGUAACUGAAGGUCGCGGGACCUUCUCUCUCGUGAUACUGUGUUGGAUAGCACAGUAAUGUGGCCGGAAUAAAUCUCUGUGCAGUACAAUUUAAAAAAACGGCAGCUACUUUUAUAGUUAAAGUUUUUGGGGGGAGAUUAUGAUUUGCAUUGUAUUUAAUUCCAAAGUUGGCAGCAAUGUACCUUGGCCAAAUUAUUUAAUCCCUGACAAGCCAAUUAAAGUGGUAUUAGUGAAACAUUAAAGCAUUGGUGCAUUUAAUACAAUAUGUAAUAUGAGUCUCAUAUGUUUUCUAAGUUGGUCUGAA